CGUCCCGCGUCGAAACCUUGUAGUAUACAUUCUAAGUCCUGUGGCUGAAAGCUUUGGGCUGCCAUAUUCGCUGUGCCAGUCGCUCCGUUGAGACGAUCUUAACCGCCACCAUUCCUCCAAAACCAGGAAACCUCUACGCAUGUCUUGUACUUUCAAGACAUCCCUAGUCCGGAAUCCCUCCUGCUUCGUUUUCAGACACCUUUUUAAGUAAACAAAGAUCUUCAUCUUUAUUCACCAUGGCUACCGUCAACAUUCGUCGGGAUGUUACCGAUCCCUUCUACCGUUACAAGAUGGAGCGUCUGCAGUCCAAGAUUGAGGGCAAGGGCAAUGGAAUCAAGACCGUCGUUGUCAACCUGAACUCGGUCGCUCAGUCCCUUAGCCGUCCUCCUGCAUACGUGAUCAAGUACUUCGGUUUCGAGCUUGGCGCUCAGGCCAACGCCAAGCCGACCGAUGACCGCUGGAUUAUUAACGGCGCCCAUGAUGCCGCCAAGCUCCAGGAUUAUCUUGACGGAUUCAUUUCCAAAUUCGUUCUUUGCAAGAAGUGCAAGAACCCUGAAACCGACGUCAUCAUCAAGGAUGAUAAGAUUAUCCUGGAUUGCAAAGCCUGCGGACAACGUUCCGAUGUUGAUUCCCGUCUGAAACUGAGCACUUUCAUCCUCCGCAACGAAACUAGUGGAAAAGGAGGGAAAAAGAACAAGGCCGACAAGAAGACCCGUCGUGAACAGCGGAACAAGAAGAAUGAGACAGCGAAUGGAGAGAACGGCAGCCCAGGAGACAGCAACUCUGACAAUGGCGACGCAGAGAAUGGUGACAUGGGCAUGGACGCUGGCAGUGACGAUGAACUUACUCGUCGUAUCAAGACUGAGGCCGAGACCAUUGAAGCUGAGGAAGCUGAAGUUCAAUGGUCCGUCGACGUCUCUGAGGAGGCCGUCCGCGCUCGUGCCAAGGAACUCCCCGAUGACCUGAAGCGUUCCCUUGUCAUUGAGGAUGCGGACGAAGAUGGUGCCGAUGGCCCUUCUGCCUAUGACGAGCUCGGUAGCUGGGUGCAGGACACCGCGACUGAAAAGGGUGGUGUCGCUAAAGUCAGCGAUGUAGACAUUUACAUGAAGGCCAAGGAAUACGGUAUUGAGUCGAAGCAUAAGACUCUGGCAGUUCUUGCUCAAACCAUGUUCGACAAGAAUGUCGCUAAGCAGAUCCCUGACCGCGCUGAUUUGCUUCAGAAGAUGGUUACCUCGGAACGCCACGAGAAGGCCUUCUUGGGUGGUAUCGAACGCUUCGUGGGCAAGGAUCACCCUGAGUUGAUCAGCCAAAUUCCCGCCAUCCUUCUUCAGCUCUAUCAGGAGGAUAUCAUCUCUGAGGAGACCCUCAAGGCAUGGGGCUCUAAGGCUAGCAAGAAGUAUGUUGAUAUCUCCACUAGCAAGAAAGUCCGUAAGGCUGCUGCGCCUUUCCUCGAAUGGCUUGAGAAUGCUGAAUCGGAGAGCGAAGAAGAGAGCGACGACGAAUAGAUAGCUUAUCUAUUCAUAGUCCUUUAUCUCUGGAAACUACUUUCGGGAUGUUUUUGUUUAACUUUUAUUCCUCGUCCCAACUACUUUCCACUCGUUUUGCUUUUGUUGACAGUCAGUAUGACCUGUUGUGAUGUUUCUGAUUUGAAAAUAAUCAGAGAAAACAAACAAAAACAGUUGAGAUUAGUGCCUUCCAAUUAAAUCUUUUCCCUUGUGAUUCUGUAUUCAUCGUAAACCUACCCUAAGUUUCAAAGUCCAGUACUUUGCAGACUUUAGAAGCCCCCUCUACGCUUUAGGGGUGUUCCA